AUGUCGUACUACGAUGUUGAUGCCAUCUUGACAGAUGCAGAGAAAGUCCCCUGCCAAUUCGAGCUCGACGCCCCCGACCUCGGGCACCUCGACUCGUCCUCCUCCACAGGCCUCAAGCCCGGCACGCCGCUCUCCCUGCCCCUAUGGCUCGCCGAGAUGCUCGCCCUCGCGUCCACGGGCGGGGACGACGCGCGCGCGCCCCUGACGCUGAACCUGCCGCCGUGCCUGUCGGAGCGCGUCGCCAACGCCCUCAAGGCGGACCCGCGGGCCGUCGCGCUGCGCGACCAGAGCGCGCACUUUUACGGCGUGGGCGUGCGCAUGCUGGACCUAUUUGACGAGCGCGAGCUGGGCGCCGUGCUGCGCCGCACGUUUGUCCUCCGCGCUGCCGACGUGGGCUUGCACGCGCGCAAGGCGGACGAGACGGGCGUGGGGGGCGGCAGCGGCGGCGCGGGCCCGGCCGGCGAGGAGUUUCUGCGGGGGCUGGAUGAGUGGGAGAGGGCGCUGUUUCGGAGGGGGCAUGAUGGCGUGAGGAGCACGAGGGACUGGAUGGAGAAGGUGAAGAAGGGUUGA